AUGUACAAGGAACACACAAGGGCGUCGCCUCGCCUCGCGCGCGCUGGCGCCGCGCACAGACACGCAAGCGUGGAUCGCGCCGCCGCUCAUCGGGGCAUCGUCCGUCGCGACAGGGGUCCGUCGCCGCCGCCGCCGGCCGGUAGUAGCGGCGUGCCACAGGCGGCGGGAGGCGGCGGUGUCUCUUGGGGCGGCCCCCGGUUGCGCGCCGAGGACGAGCACGCCGUCAUCGUCGCGGCGCUGGCUCACGUCGUCGGCGCCGGGACGCGGAGCUCGCCACCGGCCGGGCUCGGCCAGCAAGGCCGACACGCUCCCCUCUCCUGCGUGGAUUCAGUGACGCACCGCAGGGCCGUCCACGCGCCGGCGACGGAGCCACAGCGGCGGCCUCGGUACCGCGGCGUGCGGCAGCGGCCGUGGGGCAAGUGGGCGGCGGAGAUCCGGGACCCGGUGAAGGCGGCGCGCGUGUGGCUCGGCACCUUCGCCACCGCCGAGGACGCCGCGCGCGCCUACGACGACGCCGCGCUCCGCUUCCGGGGCGCCAAGGCCAAACUCAACUUCCCCGCUAACGCGGGCCACGGCACCGCUGCCGCCUUCCAGCCCCGCUACCGCGGCCAGCAUCGGCCGGGGACGCCGAGCGCUGCUGCUGCUCCUGUUGGCUGUCACGAGGAGCCGUCGUCGUCGUUCCCCGACCUCGGCCAGUACGCGCGCAUCCUGCAGAGCGGCGGCGGCGACUUGGACCUGCAGGCCGCCUUCGCGGGCGGGGUGGCGCCGGCGGGGCGGUCCUCGACUUCCGCGGCGUCGGCGUCGGCGUCGUCGCCGUGGCAAGGUGCUACUUGACAUUGUAUCGCGCGACGAUCAGCACACAUGUAUAGUUAGCUAGGUAGUAUCUUUCAGUCCUUCGAAACCAUGGAAUAUAUAAUCCUAUAGUAGCUACGUUUCAUCAUGUGUAGGAAUUUAAAGUUGACAAGUUUUGCAAGUGAUCGGCUUUGCAUGUGAAUGGAAACGAUACUUAAAUGGAAACGAUACUUAAUAACAAUAUAAUACUACGUCGGCCAAAAAUA